GGUGGCCAAAGCUUGUGCAUUUAAAAGAGAUAGGGAAAGUGGAAGAGGGACAGACUCAGACUAAUCCACCUCUUCGUAUCACUCAAAGAUGUCUUCAGCUACUAAGAAACUCAUUCUCGUGAUUGGUGCUACAGGUUCCCAAGGAAUAGCUGUCAUCGACGCACUUCUUGCUCCAUCUGACGAUGGCUCUGCGUCUCCUUAUGCUAUCCGUGCUCUAACUCGUGACCCAGACAGUCGACGUGCAAAGUUACUCACCAGCAAGGGUGUGGAGUGCUUCAAAGGCGCAUUUGAUGAUUUCCCUUCUGUUCUGAACGCCCUUCGGGACGUUUAUGGCGUGUGGGCCAAUACGGAUGGCUUCACCGUGGGUGAACAGAAGGAGGUCUAUGCUGGCCUACGUAUCUACGAGCUUGCCAAGCAACUUGGAACUGUUAGGCACUUUGUCUGGAGCAAUCUCGACUACGGGUUCAAGAAAGGGAACUGGAACCCUGCAUAUCAUUGCGAACACUACGACGGCAAAGGUCGUGUCCUCGAGUUCCUGAGGGCGCAAUCGUCCGAACCGACUGAGAACGGUAUGUCUUGGAGUUCAGUCACCACAGGCCCCUACAUCGAGAUGCUACAGAACAUGAUGUUCGGACCGCUGAACAAGCGCGAGGACGGUACCUUCGUCUUCGCUACCCCGGUCGGAAAUGGUCAUGUCCCUAUGAUCGCUUUGGCUGACUUGGGCUUCUUCGCACGAUAUACAUUCGACCAUCGUGUCGAGACCUCGGGCAAGGACCUUGAAGUUGCCAGUGACAUCGUUGGGUGGGACUAUCUUGUAUCCACUUUUCAGAAGGUCACGGGUCAGAAAGCCGUCGCCCUUUAUCAGUCCUUGGACGAAUGGUUCAAGAACCUGGACCACACCGACAAGCCGAUUGCGAACGAGCAGACUAAAGUGGGCCCUCAUACCACGACCUGGAGGAAGAACUUCACUGCCUUUUGGUCUCUUUGGCGAGAUGACAUUAUCAAGCGAGAUAUGGAGUGGAUUCGGAGCAUCCAUCCAAAUGUUCGCACAGUGGAGACUUGGAUGCGAGAGAAUAAUUAUAAGGGUCAGUUGAAGAGUGAUUUGUUGAAGAAUAUGGAGGAUGGAAAAGCUGUUGUACCUCGUAGAGAAGUCACUAAUCUCUUGUAGAAAUAUCGGUAGCUCCUUGUUGUACUUAUAGGUGUCUCACUGCAAUUCCGAAAGGUCUCGCGUUUCCCUGCACUAGCGCCCGCCAUUUCGUACUCGAUCGGUUUAUGGACAAACAUUCCAGUUUUGAACAAGAUCUGCCAUCAACGCGUCAACAAACGUUGUUGUGACCU